UGGGAAAUGCGAAAGGAAGAAAGUGAAAGAAAAAUAUCAAAAGAAAAACAGAAACUAUUAUGCCUUACCCUUCCCCAUCGCCAUCAUCACACUUUUCCAUUCCUUUUCAUCAUCAUCAAAUCAAAUCCAUUUCCCUUCUACAAUCGUUCCUUCCUCUUUCUCCGAAUUCUCCGAAAUGGAGAAUAAUAAUAAUAAUAAUCACCACCGUUCAAAAUCUUCCUCUAGUGACAAUUCAGUUUAUUUGGACGCACACGCUGCUUCCAUUCAUUCAACUACUUCUUCAGGACAUAUUGACAGGGAUUCAUCAAGUGCAUCACAGAAUGUGGAAGCAACUGAUGGAGCUGUAGGUGUUGUGGCUGAAGCUGAAACGUCAAAUCGGGGUCAAUGUAAGAAAGCUGCUAAAGCUGCUAAAAACCAUGGAUUACUGGCUAGGUUCUUUGAUGAGACUGUUCCCCACAAGAAAAGGCUGAGAUAUCUAAAAAAAGCUUCCAUGGUUAAUGAUGAUGGUACUGUAGAAAUUGAAGUUCCAGGACAUAUUAAACACCGGUCUCUAGGAAAUGGAACCGGUAUUAUUGAUCGUAGUGGUGAAUCUUGCAAAGAAACACUCAUUCAGGAUAUUGAACCUAUUCCACCGCGGCAAAUUGCAAUGCUUAUAGUUGGCACACGUGGAGAUGUCCAGCCAUUUAUUGCCAUUGGGAAGCGUCUGCAGGAAGAUGGACACAGGGUUAGGCUUGCUACUCAUAAAAACUUUGAAGAUUUUGUCUUGGAUGCAGGCUUGGAGUUUUACCCUUUAGGCGGAGAUCCGAAAGUUCUUGCUGGGUAUAUGGUCAAGAAUAAAGGCUUGUUGCCAUCAGGACCUUCAGAAAUACAUAUUCAAAGAAAUCAAAUCAGAGCUAUCAUUCACUCUUUGCUUCCUGCAUGCAAUAGCCGGUACCCAGACUCUAAUAAACCGUUUAGAGCUGAAGCAAUAAUUGCAAAUCCUCCAGCAUAUGGUAAGAUUUACUUAAAUUCAGUUUCUUUCAAUUUCAGCAGGCUUUGCUUCAAAAUAAUAUAACAUUGACAAGUUAAG